AGUUUUGGGUGAUUUCUAAACCAGUGUGCACGUUUCAGAAACGCGGUUGAAAAACUGGAUACCUCCUUUUUUGAAGUCGGUUAAAAAUGGAGAGUGUACGAAAAGAUACAAUGUUGAAGUUUAAUCCUGAUUCUUUGGAGCAAGUUAGGAAAGAACUUAAUUUGGAGAAGCCGGGAAGAAUUGAUGAAGCUAUCGAUAUUUUGGAUAGUUGGGUGAAGAAGCAGCCGCAUUUUAUGAAGAAGGAUUUUGCCCGAGAUUACUUAGAAAGAAUCCUGAUCACGGCCAAAGGUCUUGUGGAGCGAGCUAAAGAGAGACUAGAUAAAUUAUGCACUUUCAAAACACUGAUGCCUGAAUUCUUCAAUGUUAGCGAAGAUAUUAAGAAAGAAAUGGAACCGUUACAGGAAUUAAUUCAUGCUGGCCACUUACCUCAGAUGACGCCGGAACACCAUAGAGUGUUCAUUUGUAAACUAACAUCUGAAAACUUGGAGGCUGCGUCGUUCUUUUGUUUUUAUAGGUAUAUGACUAUGCUUUGUGAAUACUUCUUACAAGCCGAAUACUGCAAAGGCUUUCAAAUUGUAUUAGACUACUCUCAAAUUAAUAUCCUGAGUUUUGUAACUAAAGUCAAUCCUAUGGAACUGAGACAAAUUAUCACUUUGAUGACUGAAGGAUACGGUUGCAGAAUUAAAGGCGUCCACGUGAUCUCGUCAUCCAAAAUGGUGGAUACUCUUAUAACCAUGCUAAAGCAAGUCUUCAGCGCUAAAUUGGCAGAUAGGAUACAUUUGCACAAAACUCCUGAAACCCUGUCUGAGUAUGUGCCUAAGGAUAUGAUGCCUUCUGAUUAUGGUGGCAAAGAGAUGGCGUUACUGGAUUUGAAUAAGGCCUGGUUAAAAGAGAUUAGCUCCAAGGAGUUUUUAGCCUACAUGAACGAGAUGAACAAGGCCAGUACCAACGAAUCUUGCAGACAAUCAGACAAAUUCAAUGAGCAUUAUAUCGGCAUGCCUGGAUCUUUCAGGGCUUUGAGUGUCGAUUAACUCAAAAAUGAACUCUUUGCUCGUAGUUUUAAGGUUAUUUUUUGUAAAGCAUGGGAAGAUGCCUCAAGCAUUAUAUUGGCAUGCCUAGAUCUUUCAGGGCUUUGAGUGUCGAUAAAUAUACAAAAAUGAACUUUAUUCUUGUACAUUUAAGAUCACUUUUUGUAGAGCAUGUCAUAUCGGCAAUCGGCAUGCCUGGCUCUUUCUGGGCUUUGAAUGAACCCUAUGCUUGUAGUUUUUAAGGUAAAUUUUUGUAUGUCUUAUUCUAAAGGGAAGCUUGUUUAAGACUACUUUGAUCCUAAGAUAACCUAAGAUAAGACCUGUAUUUUUGUUAGUGACUGUAAAGGUUCAUGCGGCAUGAUUGAACAAAAUACGGCCGGCGGGUUGGGCCGCCGGGCUGUGCCGCCGGCAUCAGCGGCUUUGGUGUGUAGACACCAUAAGAGGUGUACUAUCUAAAUUACGAUUUUGUACUUACAAAUAAAUACUCAAAACAGUCACUUUUAUUUUGAAGUGUUACCAUUACUUUUCAAAAAGGAGGAGGUUCUCAAUACGGAUGUUUGUAAUGCUUCUUGAAUGUUUGUUAAAAUUUUUAUUUUUUUAUUCGUAGGUAUGAAAC